AUGGUGUCUGCCUACUUCUGUGUGGCAAGACCUACGCCAACUACACCCAUGACUGCACUGCGGCUUGCCAUUCUGGAUACCGUUAUCCUCCUUGCUGUGAGAAUAGUUGUGUCUUCAAUCUUAAUGGCUGCGUAUGUGCUCCGAGCCAUGCAAACUAUGCAAAGAGAGAUGCACAUUCCCGUUGUUCACACUGGAGCUGCUCGAUGCCUUGCGCUGCACCCUGUACGCAUGUGCCUUGAUCCCAGUGAUGCCAGCUAA